AUGCAGCAGGGGCGCUUCUUCGUGGCUCUCGGAUUAGCUGAGGCAGAGCAUCUCCGGGGUGCUAUGCACCUCAUGGCGGGGCAGAGCUGGUUGCAAGACUGCUGUUUGGCACUGAGGUGCAUUCAAUGCAAGGAGUCGGUGAACGAGUCGCUGCUGGAUUUUGUGGGUCCUGUUCGGGAGAGUUCGAAGCUGGGCUUUCAGCUGCAGGCAGCGGAGCAGCUCUUGCGUUUCUUGGACAGCGCAGAGGACUUCCAGGCGAGGGAAGUCAGUGUCCUACUCCGAUCACUGCAGCUUACCCGGACACAGGACCGCCUCCCUUGGUGGCUAGAUGUUCGAGCAUGCCGGCGCCGAGCUCACAGGCACUGGCAGCGCCUGGCAGUAUCGAAAAUCUUCUUGCAGACGGACGAGUUCGAAGACUGGGCUACCAAGGCCCUUCUUCUACGGCUUCGCUGGACGUUGGCAGCGCAGCGGCUUUGGCCCAGCGAUGCCUUUCGCUUCAUGGACACGGCGAACAACGGCUGCCUCCAGAGACGAGAUCUGUCUGCAGGCCUUGAGAGCCUGGGGGUUCGAAGCGAGGGGCUCCAUGACGCUCGCUGGACACAGCAAGUUGCAAACUUGUUCCGCUGGAUUGCGCAAGAGGGGCGAGAGGUCCUCUUUCUGGAAGACUUCCGCGCUGCCCUGGAGCUACAUGACACAACUCUAGAGGGUCACCAAAGCUUCUCGGCCGCAGCUUCCCCAGCCUCGCGAGCCUCUCCAGCCUCGCUGCGCGGGUCCCACGGGUCCCCUGGGUCAGAGGCGAAGGAGACUGCAUGCACAAAGCCGCCGCGACAGGCGGACGCUGCAACUCCUCCAGCCCCGAUGUCGGAGUCAGGGAAAAGUGCAGCGGGUGAAGAAGAUGCCGCCCGUCCUGGUGCUCCCAAAAAGACGGUCGAGGAAAGAGACUAUCCGGCUUCACCGGCUGCGGCAUCACCCUUGACAAGGCCGCGCACGCCGAGCUGCUCUCCGGAGGGCAGUGUUUCUCGACUCUCUCCGGACAUGUGUCGGCAGCUGUCAGCUGGUCGUUUCAAGCACAAGUGGCAGAAGCACUCCGCGUUCCACCCUGUGUGGUUCGCCAACGAUAUGGGCGCCAAGCCUUCUCUUGCGAUUUGGGCAGCUGUUGAGCUAGUUCCACGCGGAAAGUUUCUGGGCGUGAAGCGAGGCUCCCACGCAGUCAAAGAGAGGCUUGCGUUUGGACACUACGUCAGCAUGAGCCCUUCACCGCCUGUGACGGAAGUCUUGGAGAUCACGGAUGAGCAGUACAGUGGCUUCUUUGCGAAGCAUCCGCGGGACGAACUCAACCGUUUCCUGGAUACUUACUUUCCACAUCCGAUUCGCUUCCGGCAAGUUUGGCACUUGAGAGAGUCGGCACUGAAGUCUGUGUACAUGUGGGCGCCGGUGCCCCCAUCACCGGACUUCACAGCAUGCGGUAUGCUGUGCACGACCGAUGACGAGGCUCCGGCGCUACAAGAAGUGCGCUGCCUUCCAAGGCGGUGGCCGGCCUGGGCAGUCCUGAGCUUUGUUCCACUUUCUCAGCUGCACAGCCUCCGUGGUGCAUCGGAGAGCUCUACGCUGCGGCGGGCCAUGGCAAGUGAUGAAGUGCUGCCAGAGGCGGAUUCUCUUGACUGGAGGCAGUUCCGUGCACGGCUCAUCGAACGUGAGACGUCAGAAGUGCUUCUGGAUGACUCUGAUGCCAGCGCUGUGGAGCAUCAGGAUACCUGGAUGCACCGCAGCCCACUCGUCGAGAAGGGAUCCGUGCUCGUGGCCAAGCCUGGCUUCUGGUCGCUGGACUGCCCUUGUUUCCACAAGGCAGUUAUCCUCAUCACGGAGCAUGGAGAAGACUAUGACAUGGGCUUCGUCCUCAAUCGUCCGACCACACGUGUGGAAACCUUUGGCCGCUUGGAAUUCACUGUCUGGUAUGGCGGGCCGUGCCAAAGUCUGGACCAUGACGAAAGUGAUCAGUGGAAGUUUUGCCUCCACAUGCGUCCAGACAUCCCUGGGGCCGAGCCGAUAGCUCAGGGCAUUUACAUGAGCGAGCCCUGGGCAGCGGCGGGUUACAUCCUCGAGUCUGACGGCAAGGCCUCCGAGGAGGACUUCAUGCUGUUGGUUGGUCACUGCGGUUGGGGCCCCGGCCAGCUCGAAGCGGAGCUCGCGGAGGGCGACACCUGGUUGCUAGCUGCCGCCGACACAAAGGCCUUGUUGAGCUCUCGCACGCAGAAGGCUCUGAGGCGAAAGCCUUUCGUCCUUGGGCGAGGGCUUCCACUAUGGCGGAGGCUUUACCGACGAUUGGUACUGCAACAGGAAGUGCAGGAAGGACGCAUCAUCGAGAGGUAUGGUGACGAGGCGCUGUUGCGCUUCGUGCAGGACGAAUUAGAUGCUGCACCCCAACCACCUACUACAAGGCGGCGAAAGGAGAAGAGCGACUUUUUCAGAGAUUUCCUCGGACGAGGUCCAGAUGCUGAGGACGCGAACACGAAAAGCAUCGCGAAGCAGGUGCUGAGCCUCAUGGCAUCCGCGCGCGCACCCGAAGUGGCGGAGAACGGCUGCGAAGCUUUGAGGAACCUUGUGGUGGACGAGGAGACCAGGUCGUUGGUGUCCGGGCUUGGAGCGAUUGACAUGGUCAUGGACGUGAUGCAGAGCCACAGUGACUCCUCUGGUGUUCAAGGUCAUUGCGCCGGUACUUUGACCCACCUCGCUGCGGGAUCUGCCGAGCGCCAGGCCAUCUUCCAUCGACGUGGCCCGGAACUGGUGGUCAAAGCCAUGCGAAAACACAGAGAUGUACCCCUGGUGCAAUGGAAGGGCUGCGCAGUCCUAGCCAACCUGGCAGCUUCCACAGUGGAGCAGAUUCGCGUGGCUACUGCUGGUGCUGCCGGAGCAGUGGUACAGGGCAUGGCGAAUCACGAGGACGAGCGGCUGGUCCAGGACUAUUGCAUCGGUGCUCUCUACAAUCUGGCUAGGGUCAAUGCAAACAUGAACGAGCUUGCGAGAGCCGGCAGCGCCAAAGUUGUGCGUACCGCGCUGCUCAAGCAUCCUGAUGCUCCGACCGUGCAAAAGGUCGGGGCAGAGUUGGCCCAAUCCUUAGAACAUGACUCCUGA